UAUUCUAGCACUCAGUUUGAGUUUCUCGUUGCACGUACACUUUGAAUUCUUGGUCUCUCGAAAUUCUACACGAUGCCAGUUAGAACAACGCUCCCGACACCGAAACCAGUAUCAAUAAAAAUCAAGUUCAACAACGGUAAUGAGGCUCCUGUUCUCGGCCUUGGGACGUGUUCACCGAAUCCCGACCAAGCAUCAGAGGCUGUGAAAUACGCAAUUGAAAUAGGCUAUCGUCACAUCGAUUGUGCUCCUAUAUACGGGAAUGAGAAAGAAAUUGGAACGGCGAUAAAUGCGAAAAUUGAGGAUGGAACUGUCAAGCGAGAGGAGCUUUUUAUCGUCAGCAAACUCUGGUGCAAUUCGCACGAUCCCAACAGUGUGGAGAAGGCUCUCAGGAGGACCCUCAGUGACCUGGGCCUGGAGUACUUGGAUUUGUACCUCGUCCACUGGCCGUUUGCUUUCGAGGACGGUGAGAAUUUCAUCCCCAAGAAUCCCGAUGGAAGUUUCAAAUUAUCAGACACUGAUUACGUGGAGACCUGGAAGGGAAUGGAGGGGGUUCUCCAGAAGGGGCUGACGAAGAACAUUGGAGUCAGUAAUUUUAAUUCCGAACAGAUUGAGAGGCUGCUGAAGAAUUGCAAGGUCAAACCUGUGACCAACCAGAUCGAAGUCCAUCCGUAUUUGACUCAAAAGGAACUUUCGAAAUUCUGCAAUGAACGUGAGAUUACUAUCACAGCGUACAGUCCUCUGGGCUCUCCAGGCAGACCAUGGGCCGAGCCCGAUGAGCCUAAGGUGCUGGACGACCAGAAACUCGUGGAAAUCAGCAAGAAGUACAAUAAAACCCCUGCCCAAGUUGUAAUUCGUUAUCAGAUCGAUCGAGGACACCUCCUUAUUCCCAAAUCAGUCACAAAAGCACGUAUUCUGGAAAAUUCACAAGUUUUCGAUUUCAAGUUGAGUCCUGAAGACAUUGCGCAUGUUGAUUCGCUCAACAUCGGUGAACGCCACUGCCCAAUGUCCGAAGUCUCGGCAAGCCCCAACUGGCCAUUCAGCAUUCCCUACUGAUUAAUAAUCUCCUCGAUAGAGCAUUAUGUUUAAGACCCCGGCUGCAAUUUUUUUAUUUCGAAAAAGUCGUUCGUAAAUAAAUAAAUUUAUAAAAGAUA